AUGAGAGAAGAAGGUGGUAUCUGGAGGGGAAGUUUUCGGUAUUUUCAGGCGGAUGAGACUGAAUCACGCUCAGGAGCCGAUGAGAAGCAGCGAGCAGGAGGGGACAAGCUGAGGAUGAAGAGGAAAGGUGAGAGGUGCCGUCGGGAGCGGCGCAACGCAGAGCACUGGGUGGAGCCGCUGAUGUCUCUGCUGCGGUGGAAGGAAGGGGAAAGAAUGGGCUCAGAUAAAGGGGGACUUUCAGGCACCACCUCCGCUGCAGUUGAAGCCUCCUCCGUAGUUGCCUCCUUCACUGCUGCCUCCUCCUCGCUUCUGGAAGCUACCUUGGGUGCCUCUGGUGGACCUCGGUCGUCAUAUCGCUGGAAACCACCGCCACCCCCGCAGCCCCAGAAGCCACUGCUGCCCCGGCGGUCGAGACCUCAUCCUGUUUCCUCACUGACCUCACGACAUUCCAUUGGCGUGAUCUGCUGGUCCCUUGGUAGCCCUCUGAGUGUCUCCAGCUGCUGGGCUCUCGCCCAGACUUCUGAGGAAUUGGACCUGCUGCUGUGUCCUUCCAUGCGCCUCAACCCGAGAUUUGCAAAAGGCCCCCGAGGACCUGAGCGGUCAAAAGACGGGGUCGUGCAGGCUCUGGCUGCCACGGGCAGCCGGCCCACCUGCGAGGUUUCAGAUGGCGGACUCUACGUCGCGGACCAAGCCCUGGGCCGGAGAGCCAAGCCGGAGGUCCGCAUCCUGACGCGGCUUGGACUCGACAGAUUUAAGCCUGGGCCAGACCGUGCCAGCUGGAAGGAAGAGAGGGCGACUUGGCGCUGCUCCCACCGCCGAAGCUGGUUCAACCCCCUGGGAGGCCCGAGGCCCUCGCUGGAGGAAGGCAGAGGCCCCGGGACCAUCGUGAGGCCCCAUAGCCUCAGCCACCCCAGACCCACACACCUGUCUCCUUUGUCUCCCAGCGCCACGAGUGCCAAGGAGGACGCCAAGUGGCUGCAGUGGGUGACGCGCCAGUGAGACGGGGAGACUGGUCUGCAAGAGUCCAGAAGAGCCCUGAACGCGGAAGAGUCCUUCUUUACUGAGAGAUUCUUCGCCUUGUGUGACUCGGAUGGAAGUGGCACCAUGCUCCAGGAGCCGCGGCGGGCGCUCACCCACGGCAGCCCUGUGGGCAAACCUGGAUUCCUCUUCCAGGUGUAGGGCGUGGAUGGCAGCGGCUCCAUCGACGCGGACGAGCUGCGCACCGUGCUGCAGUCGUGCCUGCGGGAGAGCGCCGUCUCGAUGCCCGCAGAGAGGCUGGACCAGCUGACGCUGGCGCUCCUCCAGUCGGCCCACCGGGACGGCAGCGGCGCCAUCACCUUCGGGGAGCUGCGAGCCGAGCUGCAGUUCUUCCCCGGGGUCAUGGAGACCCUCUCCCCCAGUGCUGCCCACUGGCUGACGCCUCCCACUGCCAGGCCGCACCAGCGCCGUCCUCGCCCACUGACCUCCGCCUACUGGCACAACCACUGCAGCCACCUGCUCUGCCUGGUCGUCCACGCGGGCCUCCCCUUGCUGCUCUUGGCACUGGCAGCUAGUGCGCACCAGGCCCUCAGUGCCAGGGUCAUGGUGGCCAAGGGCUGCGGCCAGUGCUUCAACUUUGACUGCAGCUUCAUUGUGGUGCUCGUGCUCAGGCGCUGCCCCACGAGGCUGCGGGCCACGUGGCUGGCUGAGGCCCUGCCCCUGGACCAGAACGUCCAGUUCCACCAGUCUGUGCACACUGUGGCCCACGUUGUGAAUUUCGCGCUCCGGGCUCAGUCCGGGGCCAGCCCCUUCCAGUUUUGGGAGCUGCUGCGCACCACGAGGGCCGGCGUUGGCUGGGUCCGCGGCUCGGCCUCCCCAGCCGGCGAGGUGCUGCUGCUGCUGCAGUUUGCCUGCUCCAGCUCCCGUGGCCGUCGCAGCAGCCACUUAGAGGGGCCCAGCCCUUGCGGGUUGGGCCAGCCUUGCAAGUGGGCGGAGCAGGCAGCCGCCUUCCAGGUGCAAGUUCAGGGGCCUGGGAAGAUCCUCCCAACUUCUUCUGUGCACCGAGAUGGGGACUGGCGUGGGCGUCCCGAUGGCGAUGGCGUUGGCGGGGCCCUGCGCCUCCAGCCCCCGUGUGAGGAGUAUGACUUCUCGGUGGGACGUUGCACCGGGAAGAACAGCGACAGGAUCCUGGAGGCCCGCGAGGCUGAGGUAUUGGUGAGCUGCCGGCGUGACCGAUUCCACCUCUGA